AUUUCACUCCGGAAUUCAUCCUGCCCCUUCUCGGCUUCUCAGUCCAGGCGUCCAGCAGGCAGCAAUCUCACUCGUCACUUCCUCAGCUUUCUGUUGAAGUGGUGCGCCGCCCUUCUCACCUCCAGGCUUGACUGCCUCACCGCUUCAGCCUUCAGCUCCUUACGUGAGCCAAAAAUACUCUGCUAUGCUCUGGGUCUGUUUCUUCAAUUCAGCUGACUUCCAAGAUUGAGGAAAAAGACAAAUCUUAUUCUCAUAAGUUCUUUGAAAACAUGGGACGGAGUUUGCACUUCUAGGUCGAAUGGUUAAUUGCUGAAUGUACCCAAGUCCCAUUUUGGUCUCCGAGGAAACACAAGUCCAUUUUGAAUUUCCUCCGCACCUACCUCUAACGUCCAUGGAUUUUGAUUCAACUUACGAUACUGUUCGUGUGGCAAACAUCAUUUAUGGCAAAGGCUUCACAAGAAUAGCUCUCCAGUUCCCUGAUGAACUAUUGAAGCAUUCAACAAAAAUAGCAGCGGCUCUGCACAAAAAGAUACAAUCACUUGGAGAGUCAAGUGGAGACACAAAGCACGUCAAAUUGUAUGUAAUGGCCGAUACUACUUAUGGAAAUUGUUGUGUUGAUGAGGUUGGAGCAGCUCAUGUGAACGCCGAGUGUGUUAUUCAUUAUGGUCAUACAUGCCUUAGUCCGACAUCAAAGAUUCCUGCAUUUUAUGUAUUUGAGAAAGCCUCUAUUGACGUGCCAAGUUGUGUAGAAAAACUAUGUGGUUACAUAUCACAAUGUGAAAAGCCAAUUCUGGUUCUUUAUGGGCUUGAGUAUGCACAUGCCAUACCGAAGAUCAAAGAACUUGCCAUGGCAGAAUCAUCAAAAUUGUGUAGCUCAUCUAAUUUGAAAAUUUCAUAUGCUGAGGUUAUAAGCUUUGUUACUAGUCCAUCAAAAGGCUUUAGAUCUGCUAAUAAGAAUCCUGAAGACGGUGACCGUGGAACUAGUAAUGGAAGGCAUUCUGGGGAAACAGAUACAGCAUGUGCUAUAGGAGGAUUGUCUUGGAGCAUAACCAAUGAACAUAAAAUAAAAGAUUACUUGCUUUUUUAUAUCGGUUCAUACAAUUCAGCUUUUGCAAAUGUAUUAUUGACAUUCAACAGCUGUGAAUUAGUCAGAUAUGAUGCAGCUAAAGAUUGGUUGGUCAAUGACUUCUCUCUGCAGAACAAGAUUCUGAGGCGUAGGUAUUUUCUAGUUGAGAAAGCAAAGGAUGCCAGCAUUGUUGGGAUCUUGGUGGGAACACUUGGAGUAGCUGGUUAUCUCCACAUGAUUCAGCAAAUGAAAGAUUUGAUCACGAAGGCCGGGAAGAAAGCCUAUAUUUUUGUUAUGGGCCGACCAAAUCCUGCCAAGCUUGCCAACUUUCCAGAGUGUGAUGUUUUUGUUUUCGUUUCUUGUGCACAAACUGCUCUAUUGGAUAGUAGAGAGUUCUUGGCUCCCAUUAUCACUCCCUUUGAAGCAAUGCUUGCUUUCAAUAGAGGAAGUCAGUGGACAGGAGAAUAUGUGACUGAGUUCCGAGAUUUGCUUGCUUCUUCUGUGGUGGAAGUAAAUGACCAAUCAGAGGAAGCACGGUUUUCGUUCAUCCGUGGUGGAUAUGUGGAAGAUUUAAACAAAAAAGAUCCUGUUGAUUUGGAGGAUGAAGUUUCUGCGUUAGUGAGCAUUACCGAGAAAGCUCUACAAAUUCGGGAUAAUUUAAAGGUGGCGGGAACAACAAAAUCUGGAGCUGAUUAUUUUGCAGCGCGAUCCUUCCAUGGUCUUGACAUGUAUUAUGAGAAUGACAUUUCAGAAACUCUUUUGAUAGGUCGGAGUGGGAGGGCAUCAGGGUAUAAAGAUGAGCCAUCAAGAUAGUAGGGUUAACCUUUCCAACAUCAAUUCCUUUCUAAGUUAUCAGAGAGAAAUAAAGCUAGAUUGUUGAUCAGGCAGGGAUGUAGGUGAAUUCUAAUGAGAAAUGAACCGAGAAGACAAACAUGUAUUAGAGUGGGACGUACUUUCUUUUGUGGUUCAAUAACUAUGAAGGAAAACUAAUUCUUUGUUAGUUGUCCAACUCUUCUUACCAACAUAACGAUCGACUUAAACGUUUACUUUUUUAUUGACUGCUUGGUGGACAAGUUUCGUCACCAAUUUAUGCAUUACAUUUGGGAAGUACACCGUUGUUUUAUGUUGCUUCAACAUAAUACGCAUCUCAUCAGGAAUGCAAUAAAUAGAAUUUAUAAAGUUUGUAUAAUAA